AUUGGUGUCUGGUCAUGUGGGCACCCCUGCUGAGCACAUACCAAAAUUCCAGACUCCCAGAAGGAAAGCAGGUGAUCAAUAUAAACCACAUUGUUUGCACAAACAGUUUAGGCACAAUAAACACUCUGGGACUCCCUUCUAGUAUUCACCCGGUUACUGCUGAGGUGGGAAAAUAAGUCCUGGGUUGGAGAAUUGAGCUAUUGCAGCACAAACAGAAAGAGCGAAACAGCAAGCCUGAUGGGUUCUUGGAAAGCUUUUGUCUUCUCCCCUUUUCUUCUGUGGAGUCAAAGUAGAGGGGUGAGGUUGAUGUUCUUGUUACUAACCCUGCAUUUGGGAAACUGUGUUGAUAAAGCAGAUGAUGAAGAUGAUGAGGACCUAACAGUGAACAAAACUUGGGUCUUGGCACCAAAGAUUCAUGAAGGAGACAUCACACAAAUUCUCAACUCUUUGCUCCAAGGCUACGACAAUAAACUUCGCCCAGACAUAGGAGUGAGGCCCACAGUAAUUGAAACUGAUGUGUAUGUAAACAGCAUUGGACCAGUUGAUCCCAUAAAUAUGGAGUAUACUAUAGAUAUAAUUUUUGCCCAAACCUGGUUUGAUAGUCGUUUAAAAUUCAAUAGUACCAUGAAAGUUCUUAUGCUCAAUAGCAAUAUGGUUGGCAAAAUUUGGAUUCCUGACACUUUCUUCAGAAACUCAAGAAAAUCUGAUGCUCACUGGAUAACAACUCCUAAUCGUCUGCUUCGAAUUUGGAAUGAUGGGCGAGUUCUAUAUACUUUAAGGUUGACAAUUAAUGCAGAAUGUUACCUUCAGCUUCAUAACUUUCCUAUGGAUGAACAUUCUUGUCCACUGGAAUUUUCAAGCUAUGGAUACCCUAAAAAUGAAAUCGAGUAUAAAUGGAAAAAGCCCUCUGUAGAAGUGGCUGAUCCUAAAUACUGGAGAUUAUAUCAGUUUGCAUUUGUAGGGUUACGGAACUCAACUGAAAUCUCUCACACAAUCUCUGGGGAUUAUAUUAUCAUGACAAUUUUUUUUGACUUGAGCAGACGAAUGGGAUAUUUUACUAUUCAGACCUACAUUCCAUGUAUUCUAACAGUUGUUCUUUCUUGGGUGUCUUUUUGGAUCAAUAAAGAUGCAGUACCUGCAAGAACAUCACUGGGUAUCACUACUGUUCUGACUAUGACGACCCUGAGUACAAUUGCCAGGAAGUCCUUACCUAAGGUUUCUUAUGUAACUGCGAUGGAUCUCUUUGUUUCUGUUUGUUUCAUUUUUGUUUUUGCAGCCUUGAUGGAAUAUGGAGCCUUGCAUUAUUUUACCAGCAACAAAAAAGGAAAGACAACUAGAGAUAGGAAGUUAAAAAACAAGGCCUCGGUGUCCUCUGGUCUCCAGCCUGGAUCCACUCUGAUUCCAAUGAACAGCAUCUCUCUGCCACAAGGAGAAGAUGAUUAUGGGUAUCAAUGUCUGGAGGGUAAAGAUUGUGCCAGUUUCUUCUGUUGUUUUGAAGAUUGCAGAACAGGAUCUUGGAGGGAAGGAAGGAUACACAUACGCAUUGCCAAAAUUGACUCCUAUUCACGAAUAUUUUUCCCAACAGCUUUUUCCCUGUUUAAUCUGGUUUAUUGGGUUGGCUAUCUUUACUUAUAAAUUCCAUUUCCUAGGCAAAAAUCAUAAAUCUAACUGAAUCCAACAUUAUCUAUUGUAUUUCAGUUAGCAUGAAGUUUAACUUUAAGAUGCAGUAAACCAUGGUUAAGAUAUGAACAAUAAUGUUACUAUUUUAAGGCUUUCAUAGGUGGAUAAAAGAGAAAACUUUAAUUGAUGAAGUUUAUACAAACAAGAUUAGCUGCAAAAUACAGUAUAUUAAAAUACCAUUAUAUAUAUAUUUUUUACUUUAAUUUUCUUUAUUUUACUUAUUCCAUAUUAGGAUUUUUAGUUUAUAGGUUCUGCGUUUCAAAUUUUAAUACAUGUUUUAUUUUAAUAUAAUCUAUCAUUGUUUGUAAUGGGAAACUAAUCCUAAGGCCUAGUAUUUGUGUAGGAAUUUUACAUCUAGAAAAGACUAUUAAUUUGCUUUUUGUGUGUUAUGUUUUAUUUGCCUGGCCUGUUUGGAAUACAGAUAGUUAAAAAUAUAAAGCCAUGAUUCUCUUGAAUUUAUCUGCAAAAUGUGUUCCUCCCAAGAUGAAAUUUAUUUAUUUGUCAGCCCUCUAUCAAUUAAUGACUAUUUAAGAAAAGAUCAAUUUUUACCUGUCUUUUAAUCUAAUCCAUUUCCUGAUACACUAUUAAAUAGAUGUUCAGCUACAUUUAAGUUGGUGAUUUACAAACUUGAAAGGAAACCACCAAAGUCUUUUAUUUUAAAUGCAAGGUGAAAAAAUGCAUACAAAUCAGAAAGAAUGCUACAUUUAGCCUUUUUUUUUUUCUUCAUAGCAAUUAUGAAGUAUGACGAGAUAAAUACUGAAAUGUUUAAAUUAACCAACACUGAAAUUAAAUGCAGAGAGAAACGAAAUUUUUCUUUACACUCUACAAAAGUGUUACAUUCCCUAAAUUAACAGAAAAAAAAAAUGAGGAAGAGUGCUUGUGUUUAUUCAUUAUAGUUAAAGAAUUAUCUGACAUUUUGAUUUGGAGAUCUUACACAUGUACUGUUAAUAUUUUUUGGACCAGAAAUUUUCUAGAAACAGUUUUAGAACUGUGUCAUAAAAUGUCUUUUCUAGCUCUUAAGUUUUCUGAUCCCAAUCAGUUUUUACAGCUACCUUGAAAAUGGUUAGAUGUUCUCUUUUCUAAGAAAUGGGGGCAUGUCUCAAAAAUCAUAUUAAAGGUAGAGCUUUGUUGGAGGACCGUUUAAAGAACCUGAGUGAGGGAAGUCUCUAAACUCUCAGAGAUGGGAGCAAUGAAAGUCUCAAUAUAGGUAAAGUUUUUGGGCUAAUAGUUUCCAAAAUGUCUCUUUUGCUAAGAGAGGAGCUAAAUGUAGGUUUCACUUAUUGUAUUCUUGUAAGUAGUUUGACAUAUAAAUUGUUUACAAGAACCACUAAGGUUAGCAUGAAGACAUGUGAAGACAACUUUUAAAAAUUAUCAUCUACAAGAGCCAUUGUUGUGAUCAAGGUGUUGUGAUCAAGCCCUAUCUUAAGGUAUGAGGAAGAAGUGAUCACCUCUGCUUGUGAUACUCUAGUUUUUUAUAUGAUAGUCCCCCCCAACAAAAUAAUAAGAAAGAACAGCAAAUGGGCUCUUGCAUGGUUAUACUUACGUUUUUGAAGUACAGUGGUGGUUUUUAUUUAACUACAUAUAUUUCUUUCUGUACUCCUAAUCUAAAUCUGAAUCUUUUUGCUUUACUUAUAAAUCUCUGAAAAUAUUGGUUUGAAUUGGACUACAAUACCCAAAUAUCCACCGACACUACUUUUUUGAAUGGAGAGCCAAAUAAAAAUUUGGCCAUGUAUAUAUAUAUAUUCGUUUGCAGAUUACCCGUGCAUUCAUUUUUUAAUAUUGAGAACUGAUGAUUGUUCUUCAGGUGAGCAUCAUAUAGCAUGAAUGAAAGAAGUACCCAUGAAGAAUGAAACACUUCACUAAACAAUGUUAUAGCCAUUUCUGUGUUUUAAGCUAUAACUAUAGCCUGCUCAUUAUUGUGGUGGCGCAAUUUUGAUUUGGAGACUUUUUCAAAUAUUUCUAAGCAUGACUACAUUUUAGAAUACUUAAAAAUGCUUAACAUAAA